AGCUUCGCGAUGACUAUACAAGUGCCUUUCGUUGUGCGGUUACACAUACGUUUCUUUCAAUUAAUCGGUUGCUUCGACGUCUCACUGCACGUACAAUCCAAAGCUCAAAGGAUCAACGAACAACGGCUCGUGGCCUGGACCGUACUACUAUUGCUCGCCUUUUCCAUAACGACGGUGAACACCUUUGUUAGGCCCAAUGAAUUUCUCUUCACCGGCAAUCGUUUCGGCUACUUCAAUGAUGUACUGAAGGUCUGCAUUGCACAGCUGACAGUUCUCGUCAUUUAUUUGGAGACAGUGUUGGGGCGUUGUGCGCUGCGCAGCUUUUGGCAAAGAUACGCGUUGCUCAAUCAGAGAACUGCAGACAAAUUCAAAGGGGAUAACAACAAUUGGCGUACGCAAUUGGGCACAUAUCGUCGUUUUCUGUGUAUUUUCUACGGACUAACGUUAAUUGAUGCAACCAUCGAGGUAUUGUUCCAUUCCAUGCGUCCAGCUGAUCGUAAUCUGUGCCUGUUUUGGUCGAUGUUUAUACCGUUCAUCUACAUGGCGCAUUGGCGAAAUAUGCAGAUAAUUUUGCAUAUCGAGAUUAUACGCCACGAGCUGGAGAAGUUGCGUCACGAUAUUGGUCUGCUCGCGGAGUAUACGAACUUUGCUCGACGCGUAGUGCCCUUCGCGGGUUUCGAAAAGUUCGUGCGUCAAAAGUUGGCCGAGAAGCAGUUGGUCUAUCAACGCAUCUACGAGAUGCUCUACUACUUUCAACGCGCCUUCAGCAUGUCCACCAUGGCGGUGCUGUUGAUGCUCUAUGUGCGAGUGGUGGUCGAUGCGUAUUUUAUGUUCUUCAAUCAAUAUGUCGGCUGGCAAUUUAUGGAGAAUUUGCUGCUGUUGCCUGCAUACUUAGAGAUUCCAGCGCUUUUAUUGACAUCUCAGAAGUGCAUGAAUGAAGUGAAGUUCAUAGCUUUUGAAUUGCACAACAUUCGGAGCUCGGUGGACAACUCACUCAUCUCGAUUCAGAUACAAAACUUUUCGCUACAAAUAUUACAUCAGAAAAUUCGUAUUGAUGGUUUGGGCAUAUCCGCUUUGGAUGGAAAAAUGCUAGUCAGUAUUGUGGGCUCCAUAACAACAUAUAUGGUGUUCUUCAUACAAUUUAUGCCGAAAUUCAAAAAUUUAUAAACACUACAAAGCUCAAGCAUUAAGUUAUCGUGUCUGUGUGUAUGUAUGUACAACGAAUUUGCUUUCAUUUGUAUGCACAACGGUAUUUACAUAAACAGCUGAAUUAAAUUUCAAGUGCUGCCUUGUUUUCAAAGCUUAUAUGUAUUACUUAAACUAAAAAACUAUUACAUUUGUAUGUAUGUACUUAGCCACUAAUAAAUGUAUGUAUGUAUAUUAU